AAGCGAAUUCAAACAAUUCUUUCCUUGUCAACAAAAGUAGUUUAGAAAAAGGACAAAUAAUAGCAAAAUUGCGUGAAAUUGAUAGUAGACAAGUCGCGGAAACUGUGACAAAAGGAUUGGACGCCGCAGCUUCCCUUGCUACUUUAGGCGGACCACCUGGUUUGGCAGUCAGUUUGGUGCUUGGCGUUAUUUCUGGUUCAAUUAAGAUUUGA